AUGGUGUCACUCACUGUCUCCGUGCCAAACAAGGGUUCAGUCCCCUUCACAUUCGAUCGUCAGCCCGUCAGCAAGUUGACGGUCGGAGAGGUCAAAGCUGCCAUCCACUCCAAAUACCCAAAGUAUGUACCGAAUAGACAGCGUUUGACCAUCGAUGUGGACGGUAAAAAAGUUGCACUGGUCGACGAUGAGAACACCUUGUCCUCUUAUGGUGUCUCCGAUGGAUCCGCAUUGCGCAUGAAGGACUUGGGGAGGCAGACGGGCUACAAGUGGUUAUACAUCUGGGAAUAUGCCGGCGUCAUCUUCCUCAAUCCUUUGUUCUUGCACUUCUCUCAUCACCUUUGGGGUCGAUACGAGCCUUCAACUCUUCAAUUGACCGUUCGGAAUCUGACCAUCCUACAUUUCGUCAAGAGGGAAUUCGAGUCCAUCUUCAUUCAUACUCAUUCACGACCUACCCUCCCACUAUCUUAUGUCUUCCGCAAUGUCCUGUACUACUGGGGCGUUGUUGGAAUCCUCAUGGGCUUGACCCUGUAUCGCCCGGCAUAUGGCGCUCGUGCACUGCAAGGAUCAAUACUGAACGAUUCGAGAUGGAUCAACUUUUGGGGAUUCUUCAUCCUCAUCUGCGAAAACUUAAACUUUUACACUCAUUAUCACCUUUCGACACUCCGUCAACCCAAGGGUAAGCCGAGAAAGUACCCCACAGGAUUUGGUUUCGGGACGGCAGUAUGCGCAAACUACUGGUUUGAGACUUUGGGCGUGCUAGGCCUGUUGAUCAUGACUGGCUUCGACCUCGGCACCCUUGUGUACAACAUCAUUGCUAUUUACUUCAUGUUCCGCUGGAGUGGGCAAAAGUACGCUCGAUACAAAAAGGAAUUUGACCCAAAGAUCUUCCCUGGGAAGCGAUACAAGUUCUUCCCGCCUCUCUACUAG